AGGAAGAGAAAAAAAAAAAAAAAAGACGCAAGGUUUCUUCACCUCUUCAAAUCAUGGCCCUUUACCUUUUUAUUCUCAUCAUUUUACUCACUACACCCCCGAGCACCAGCACCCCUACAACGGUGCUUACGCUGUACAACAUGUGUGACAAUGAUAUUUGGCCAGCGUUCCAAGGCCGACCCGAGGAUAGUGUCCCGAGGAACGGCGGGUUCCAGUUGAGCGCCGGACACGCGGUGUACAUCAAAAUGCCCCCCCAGUGGGCCGGUCGUAUCUGGGCCCGCACUGGGUGCAUAUUUGAUCGUAAGGGCAACACCACCGGAAACUGCCUCACGGGAGACUGUGCCGGUGGCAGCCUGGAGUGCGCCGGAAGAGGCGGGCAACCUCCGAUGACGUUGGCAGAGUUCACCUUCGGAGUCGGGCCCAUGGAUAUAUACGGCAUCAGUAUCGUAGACGGCUUCAACAUCCCGAUGGUAAUUUGGCCAGGUGGGGUGGCAUUUGAACACCCAGUCAAGGGAAAUUGUUCCGUCCCUGACUGCGCCGACGUGAACAAGCGUUGCCCCGAAGAAUUGCAGAUAAAAGGAAGCCAGGGAGAGAUAGUGGCCUGCAGAAGUGCCUGCAACGCUUUCCAUACGGAUGAAUACUGUUGCGUAGGUGCAUACAGCAGCCCCGGAGCAUGCAAGCCCACCAACUACUCAAGAAUUUUCAAAGACGCAUGCCCGGACGCCCGUUCAUAUGCAUUUGACGAUGCAUCUCACACUGACUGCCAAAGAGGAGUUAGCUACACUGUUCGGUUUUGCUGAACAUAUCCAGCUUUCUCUGCUUUUUUCUUUUUCUGUGUUUUGGGAUUGAUAAUAAUAAUAAGUAAAAUAGUGAAAAUGCAAGUAAAAGUGUAAAACAAAUUUCUUAUUUGGUUAAAUGGUAAAAUGAUAAGUAAAGUAAUUUGAGGAAAAAGUUGAAAACAUUUGUACUAAAAUUGAGUAAAUCCGUUUAUAAUACGUUAGUGAAUGAUGUAGUGAUAUCUUGACUUUCUCAUUUAUCUUGACGUUAGUGAUCUUUUAUUAUUUCACCUUUCUAGACUAUUUUGCACCAAAAUUUAAUGUGUGU